CCUCAGUCCACCUCCACCAUGUCAUCAGAGCUGAGGUACACCGCAAAUACACAACUCGAGCAUUUGCAUGCUCGUUACACCGGCACAGGUCAUGCUGAUUUAACCAAAUAUGAAUGGAUAACUCAUCAACACCGCGACUCACUUGCGUCUAUUAUGGGACAUCCUCCAUUGCUCUCCUACCUCGCUAUUGCCGACGGAGAAGCCAUGGGAAGGGUCAGGUUUGAGAUGACAGAGCGCAUGUUGCAGCCUUGUGGUCCUCCUCCACGUAAGGACGAUGACUAAGUACAUACUCCAUGCUUGGUCAAGUCGGGUUUUGUUAUGUAUACGUGAAGACUAGUGACACACGUCGUUUGAAUGUGCACCUAACGCCUGCAUUUCAUCAUGAUUUCAAUCUCUUGUGCCUUCGUUGCGUGAGUACGUAUGUGUGUGUGUAUUGUCUCAUCG